GUGAAACCAGGGUGGAAACUGAAAAGUUGUUUACAGGUUUUUGAAUUAAAAACAACUUUAACAUUGAAAGUUAACAAAAAUCACACUGAAUUCAAGAAGUACAAGUAUUAUUAUAAAGAAACUGAAGAUGAAGAUGGAAAGCAAAGAAAAGAUGUAUUUGUUUUCCACUGCAUUCUUUGCAGUUGUAGUUGCUAUCAUUUCAUUGGUUUGCACGAUGGUUUUAUUCGUUGAAUUGCAAAAACAAAACAGAGGGUCAAUGCCAAUACUAGAGAAUGAUGAAUUUCUCAAAGUGAGAAAUGAGCUAUCUACUGUACAAGAUGAGUUUUUCAAAAUGAAGGAGAAUUUCCUGAAUGAAAUCAAAGAGUUAAAUAUUCGUAUUGGUACACUUGAAACAGAGGCACUGCACUGGACCAACAAGGCUAAUAAUAUGGAUAUAAAUGAAGAAUACAAUGUCACACGUAUAAUAAGAGGAAAACGGGAGGCAACAGCAGCUGUUCAAGCUGGAAAUAUAUAUGGUCGUGAUGGCAGAGAUGGACGAAUGGGACCAUCUGGCCCACCCGGACCACAAGGGAAAUCAGGACCCCAAGGACCACCUGGACCACAAGGACUAGCAGGAAGGGAUGGGAGAGAUGGAAACAGUGGCCAGAGUCAAUGGGCCAAUGAUAUAAGUCGUUUACUGGAGCAGCUCCACCAUGAUGUUACCAACAAAAGUAGGUCUUCUGGUAUACAAAGUCCCCCAGGUCAACCUGGUCACUCUAAUGGGGGUGCAGUGUAUGUGAGAUGGGGAAGGACAACCUGCCCAGAUACAACUGAGAAUGUCUACUCAGGUAUAAUGGGUAAAUCACACUAUACACACACAGGAUCAGGAGGCAACUAUCUUUGUCUACCCAGGGAACCUGAGUGGGGGAAGACCACAGCUGGUGAACAGUCUGGGGCAUUUAUUUAUGGAGUUGAGUAUCAAGUCAGUAACAGUAACAACCCAUUUCUCACUGACAAUUUUCCUGACCCAACCAAACCAGCUACUUGGCUACAUAACCAUGAUGCGGUGUGUGCAGUUUGCAGGGUACCAGAUAGGAGCAGCCACUUUAUGCUCCCUGCAAUGAAAACAUGCCCUGAUUCAUGGACCAAGGAAUACAAUGGUUACCUAAUGAGUCAACAUUACACUCACCAACAUUCUGAGUUUAUUUGCAUUGAUGAAGCACCUGAAGCUGAUGCAGCAGGUCAUGAGGACAAGGAUGGAGGCCUGCUGUAUGUGGUGGAAGCCAAGUGUGGCUCCUUACCCUGCCCUAGCUAUCAACACCACAUGGAACUAACAUGUGCUGUUUGUACCAAAUAG